AUCAGCAAUGGAGGUUAAUAAGACUAGUACGUUGUUACUGAUCAUCUAUGUUAUCCUUGUUCUAAUAUUACCUACAUCUUUAUCAGCUAUCACUUCCGGAAACGACACGGACCGAUUUGCUUUACUUGCAUUCAAAGAUAGAAUUACAAGUGAUCCGUUCGGCGCACUAAGCUCAUGGAACGAUUCUUUACUUCAUUGCAGUUGGACAGGAAUCACUUGUAGUCGUCGGCAUCAAACUAGAGUUAUUGUCUUGAAUCUGUUUUCCCAAGGUUUGGUAGGUUCUAUAUCUCCACACAUUGGAAAUCUUACUUUCUUGAAAAUUCUCGACCUGGAUGUCAAUGAAUUCAGUGGUGAAAUUCCGCAAGAAAUUGGUCAUCUAUUCCGGCUUCAAUUUAUUUACUUGUCAAAUAAUUCGCUACAAGGAGAAAUUCCAAAGAAUAUAACGUCGUGCACUGAUCUUAGAUUUUUGUAUCUAAAUAGCAAUGAGCUGGUUGGGAGAAUUCCUCCCGAGCUUGGUUCCCUAUCUAAUCUUGUUAUAUUAGAAGUCUCUAACAACUACCUAGACGGAACAGUUCCAGUUUCGCUUUCAAACCUUUCGGCUCUCGAUACAUUUUCAAUCACAAGUAAUAGUUUACAUGGCAGCAUUCCGCCGGAGCUAGGCAAGUUAUCAAGUUUGCAAUUUUUUCAAAUCGGCGGAAAUGAAUUAUCUGGUAAUAUUCCUUACCAACUUUUUAAUAUCACGUCUAUCUCUUUAAUUUCUAUUGCUGCCAAUCGACUCGAUGGAACCAUUCCCUUUGAUAUUGGAAUCACUCUCCCUAAUCUCGAAUGGCUUACGUUAGGGGAUAAUAGAUUUUCCGGCUUACUACCGAGUUCAAUCUCCAAUGCUUCUAGAUUGUCUACACUAGAUGUGGUGAAUAAUCACUUCACUGGACCUGUACCACCUAAUUUGGGAACCUUACAAAGUCUUGGUAGGCUCAAUAUUGGUGGGAAUAAUUUUGGAGCUGGUAAAGCAGAUGACUUGAGCUUUUUUCGUUCAUUAUCGAACUGUAGUCGCUUAGAACAUUUCUCCAUGGCUUUUAACAAUUUAUCCGGGCAACUUCCGGAUUCGAUGGCCAAUUACUCAGCGAAACUUAGUACUAUAUACAUUGGGACGAACCAUAUAUUCGGUAGCAUCCCAUCUGGACUUGAAAACCUUGUUAGUCUGAACGGAUUAGCCAUGGAGCAUAACAUGCUUACAGGAAGUAUUCCGGAGUCAAUAGGUACGCUGUCAAAUUUAGUAAUUGUUUCGAUGUGGGGAAAUCAGCUCUCUGGUAUAAUCCCAUCAAACAUAUGCAACAGUAGUCAACUAGAACAAAUUUAUUUUGGAAUAAACAAAUUAGAGGGUCAAAUUCCAUCUAGUUUAGGCAGUUGCCAUAAACUGCAAAUAUUAAGGCUUCAAGGAAAUCAACUAGUAGGUACUAUUCCUAAACAAGUCAUGGGUCUUUCUUCACUAUCAAUUUCUCUGGACUUGUCUCGGAAUCUCUUAACUGGCACUUUACCUUCUGAGGCUAUUGCCUUAGAAAAGAUUGUCAGAAUAGACCUAUCCGAAAAUCAGUUGUCUGGUAACAUUCCAACUUCUUUGGAGAAAUGUCUUGGUUUAGGAUACCUUAAUUUACAAGGUAAUUUCUUUGAAGGGAUCAUUCCUCCAUCUUUAAAAAGUUUAACAGGAAUCCAAAACCUAGACCUGUCACGCAAUCACUUGUCUGGUCCAAUUCCUAAGUAUCUUGAGUCUUUCAUUUCCCUUGAGUAUUUGAAUUUGUCUUAUAAUGAGUUUGAAGGAGAAGUUUCAAAACAAGGAAUUUUCAAGAAUAUAAGUGCAUUUUCAAUACUUGGAAACAAUAAGCUAUGUGGAGGUAUUCCUUCACUAAAUUUAUCGAGUUGCCCGGGGCCCGGCUCUAAGAAACAAAGCCAAGUACAUUUUCCAAUUAAGAGACUGCUUUUCAUAUUAUUUGGAGCAAUCAUUUUCGUCAUUUUUCUCGGUUCAAUUCUUAUAUUCUUCUGGAAGGAAAAAAAAAUGAAGAAAUCUUCUAUUUACAUCUCGGACUCGGAGACUCCUUCAGAUGAAAUGUUUCAGAAGGUCUCAUUCAGAGAGCUUUUUAAUGCAACGAAUGGGUUCUCUGUAGAAAAUUUAGUUGGCGCCGGCAGUUAUGGUUCUGUUUACAAAGGUGCAGUGGUACUGAGCCAAGAAACAAGUAGUACACUGGUGGCGGUAAAAGUUCUCAACCUUCAAAGACGAGGAGCUUCAAAAAGUUUCAUGGCUGAAUGUGAAGCACUGAGAUCCACCCGACACCGAAAUCUGGUAAAGAUAAUGACUUCUUGUUCUAGUGUUGAUUUUAAGGGAAAUGAAUUCAAAGCCCUGGUGUUCGAAUUCAUGCCUAAUGGGAGUCUUGAGGACUGGUUGCAUCCAACGACAAAUAACAAUCAGAGGUUGAAAGAACGAUUCUUGAGUUUUACGGAGAGAUUAAAUAUAGCCACUGAUAUAGCUUGUGCAUUAGAAUAUCUUCAUAUCCAUUGUCAGACACCACUGAUUCACUGUGAUCUAAAGCCAAGUAACGUUUUACUUGAUGAUGAAAUGAAUGCACAUGUCGGCGAUUUUGGAUUAGCUAAGUUUCUUGGCGGAGUCAUCAUCAACGACGAAUCUAAAUAUCAUCCCAAUAGUACUUCAGUAGGUGUAAGGGGCUCGGUUGGCUAUGUUGCUCCAGAAUAUGGAAUGGGUAGUGGAGUGUCAACUCAUGGAGACGUUUAUAGCUACGGGAUCAUGUUGCUAGAGAUGUUUACCGGAAAGAGACCUACAGAUGACAUGUUUGAGAAUGGAUUUAACCUCCAUAACUACGGCAACAUGGCUCUUGUUACUGAUCAGGUCGUACAGAUUGUAGAUCCUAUGAUACUUGUUUCUCUAAACAACCUAGAUGAAACUGAAGCUAAGAUGUCUGAGGCUUUGACAAGGAUUGUGAAACUUGGUGUUGAAUGUUCAAGCAACUCACCCGAAGACAGGAUGGAAAUGUUACGGGUCGUGAAAGAGUUGCAGUCAGUCAAGAAUAUGUAUCUCUUGGAUUUGGAUAUAGAACUAUAGAAGGAAAAAGUAUACUAUAUGGACGAACUUCCAAGUUAUAUAUUAGCGGUUCGAUUCUCUGACCAAAAGAAAAAAAAGGAAAAAAACUUGGACGAGAACUGGUUGGAUCUGUUUUACUGUUCUUUGUGUUGAGCUAAAAAGUAUUGUUAAAGUUUGGGUCAUGAAUUUUUAUAAAUAAACAUCUAACAUUUCUUGUA